AUGAGUGAUGUUCCCCAGGAGGAGGAAGAGUCCACGAAGGUUGCAGCCGCAGAAGGAGAAGUGACAGAAGAGGGUGGUAGUGACGCAGGGAAUGUCAACUCCGAAGGGUGGCACUCAGAGGAGCGCGCAGAGGAUGCCGCGCGGGAGGCGAAGAAAGUACGCAAGAGCUUGAGCAAGGCUGGUAAAGCGGCAAAGGGGGAAUCCCAAAAGAAGAAGGCCAAGAAGAAGGCGAAGAAAAAGGACAAAGAGGUGACAAAGAAGAAGGCAAAAAAGGCAGCAAAAAACGUAGCUGCGAAGGAGGCCAAAGCGAUGGGGAAACGGAAAAAAGGGGAAUCGAGUCCAAUGGACGACACUUCCUUAACUGAGUCUGAAGACGAACUCUACAACGAUGAUAACCUCUUCAUGCCCAAGGCGUUAAAAAAAAAGGCCCAUAAGAAGAGCAACAAAAAAAGCAAGACAAAUGACCAAAAGGGAAAACAAAUGACUAACCAAAUUAGCAAAACAAAUCACGAGAAGAGCAAGAAGAAGAAGAAAAAUAAAAUGAAAAGUAAAUUCUGUACAGCCGAGUGCCUACCCCUUGACCACUACGAGGAGGCACGCGAGAAGGAGCUGGCUUCCUACGCUACUAGCGGCUUUAAAAAGUACUUGGUGUUUUUAAAAAAUUACAAAACUACCGUCGGGGUGGAAGACACGGUGGUGAGCAAGAAACCAAGGCACAUGUAUGUCUAG